AUGGCAGCAAAAACCAAUUUGGAAUCGGAGGAAUUUGAUGUCCUUCAAGCUGUGCAUGCACGCUCCUCCGAUGCUAGACAACGAGAGGCGGAGCUCCAGAAGCUGGAGCAAUAUGAGCAGGACAACCAGAGGGUCCAACAAGCAGCAGCAGCUGCUGAACAAGAGAAAGCACACCAGCAAGCUAGGACAGCUCGGCAAGCAGAUUCUACCAGCAGCCGUGUCCAGAAUGGGAAAAGCAGAAGUACCACCAAGAACAGCAGCACAAGUACCGGUACUGGGCACACCAGUGAAGAAUUUCUGAAUAUUGAUGAAAUUGCCAAACUAGCCGAAGCCCGGCAGAGCCUCCAGCCUCCCGCAUCCGCUGGCCCAAAUUGCAUCAGCAAACACCCUGGCAGUAGCACCACAACAGCUACCAGUGUGCCAUUCAACAUCGAAAAUAAUGGAAAGCAACAGAUUCCACUUCCUGGCGGGGCACAACCAGGAGCAUACUCAGGAGCUCCUGGCAUGGACCCCCAAAGAACCACCAGACCUCGCUUUUCAUUACUUGGGGUCGCUUCCGCCACAGUCGAACCAAUGGCCGACCUAAGUGACCGUGAUGGAAGCCUGGCGUCUGAGGACAGGGAAGAACCUGAGACGUCAGAAUCUGCCCGUGCCCAUAGUGAAAAUCGAUCCUUCAAUGAAGGGCAAGUCGCUCAUUUGAGUUCGAGAACAAACAGUCAGACUGUCGAGCACGCGAACCAUGGUGAUAAUUUUGACGUGCCUGUAGUAAAUAAUGCUGCCAACAGUGACAGUACUGGCUUGGCUGUGGCGGCGCUGGUGGAAGAGGAUGAGAUGUCCCAAGAUCUUCCACAAGCUGCAGAGUUUGAUGUGGAUGAAUUACGAAGGAGAAAGGAAGAAUCCAUGAAAAUAUUCAAAACCAAGAUGCUCCUGGCGGUAAUUCUCUGCACUGCUGCUGUUCUGGUUUUGAUAGCAGUGUUGAUCAACAGAGAGCGACCGAAAGAUUCAGAGUCGGAGCCUUCACUGGAGACAGCAACAAAUAUUUCUGCUCCUCCAUCAUCAGAUAUUAUGGAAAAGAUGCAAGAUGAUUUGCUAGCUCUCUUCGAAGACAAAACUGCUUUGGCCAUCAGGGACGAUCCUGAGUCACCCCAAUCUCGAGCUUUUCAGUGGCUACUUGAUGACAUCGAUGGCCGCCAAGCAGAACCAUCCAACGACCGUCUAAGGCAACGAUUUGCUUUGGCCACGCUCUAUUUUGCCACCAGCGGAGACUCAUGGGCCAACAAUCAACACUGGCUCAACCACAGCAUCCAUGAGUGUGACUGGUUUACCAAGCCUGACUUUGCUUUGAAGGAGAAAUUGUCUCAAAUUCUUCCUGGUUACAUUACAGAAAUGUUUCCUCCGACUGAUCCACCUCCUAGCAAUUGCCAUGAUAACGGGCUGUAUCGGAAUCUGUGGCUGGAUCAAAACAAUCUGCAGGGCACACUGGCAGAGGAGCUCUUUUUGAUAUCAUCCCUAGAGACACUGUCAAUUGGAGUCGACAGUCUACAUGGAAGCAUUUCUACCCAGGUUGGACGGCUUUCCUUGUUACAAGGGAUCUCAAUUAGUUUUGUGCGCGAUGCAGGGCCUAUACCUUCAGAAAUUGGUAUGCUGACAAAUCUGAGAACUGUUCUUGUCAGUGACAAUGAGCACAGCGGAUCAGUUCCCACGGAGCUGUGGCAGCUAACCAACCUGGUAUCACUUUCUUUGGGAAAUAAUGGUGACUUGAAGAGCGCCAUCUCAACUGAGGUUGGCAACAUCCCCAAGCUCCGAUGGCUCGUGAUGGACUUUGGAGGUGUCUCUGGCACAAUUCCUACUGAAAUGGGCAGGUUGAAACACCUUGAAUGGCUUGCACUUCAAGGCAACAGUCUAACUGGAACAGUUCCAUGUGAGCUUGGUCUACUUCAAAACAUCUUGUCGAUAUCUCUACAAAACAAUUCUCUUCUAGGGACCUUGCCAAGCGAGUUGGGGCUCCUAACAUCGCUCACAAUGCUUACCGCAGGCCAGAAUACCUUUUCUGGCUCUAUACCAAGUGAAUAUGGUCGCCUUUCCUCCUUGAAUCUGGCUCUGAAGCUAGAAGAAAGUAGGCUCUCUGGUACAAUACCAGUGCAGCUGGCCGACCUGGUUUCUCUGGAGACCCUUUAUUUGCAAGAUAACCACUUCACCGGCCACAUACCAAGUGAAUUUGGCAAGAUGUCAUCUUUGGGUCUGUUAAAUCUUUCCAAUAAUUCCUUAUCGGGAGUGGUGCCUCAAGAACUUGGAGAACUGAAACAGUCACUAUUUACCUUGAAUUUGGAGGAGAAUCCACUUUUGUCUGGGGUGUUUCCAGAGUCCCUCUGUGGCCUCGAUGGCGAGUGUGCUGGUACGGCAUUGGUGCCAUGUGAAGGUAACUAUGGAAUCUACUUUGACUGUAACAGCUUGAUGUGCGGCUGUGGUUGCACUUGUGAUGAUAACUAGCUACCUACCAGUAGCAUUCUUCCCUUCCACAUGCAAAAGGAUGUAAAUGCCAUUUGAUUUGAUUUGAUUUGAUUUGAUUCACAGGGAAAUUGCCGCCGACGCAUUCUUUAGUUGCUACAGCUGUACCAUACUCGCUGGCUAAUACCAUGAGACCACCAUUUAUUUUUCGAUUGUGAGGCUCGUGUGAUCGAGAAUCGAACCGCGAGAGUGCAUGCAUGCA